AUGGCUUCUACACCACUGUUCUUUAGCCCCAACGCUCCCUGCUAUGCUGGCAUUCGCAUGGAUCCUGUGGCGAUGGUGAAGAAACUGGACGACCCCGAGGCUCUGGAUGCAGCUCGUGCCAUGACGCCGCAAUCCUACGUUGCCUACCUCAGCCUUGAACCAGAGCUCCCAUUUCCAAAUAAGCCGUGGUAUCGGUAUGAUAUCAGCAUGAUCGCACCAUCUCUUCGCGAAGAGGACGCGGUAAAAGGAAUCACCGCCGAUAUGUGCGUCCCCAUCUAUCCCAGCGACAAGCAUCCCGCGGGCCGCGAGCCACUCCGUUCCAGCCGGCCCUUCCCCUAUACGAACUGCUACCAUUGGUGCAACAUCUCGGAGCUAGAGAUCCGAGUUCUCCCUCGACCUGAGCUCUUCAACGAGGACCAGACGAUCCAUCUAUCCUUCGGCGAGAGAUUGCAGUUUGGGGAUCACCAGUACGAUGAUAUGCUACGCUCAAAACGCUUGGUGAGCGAUGCCGCCACCCCGGAGCAACGUGUGCUAUCUUCGGCGAAGCCUGCGUCGCCACUUCCUCCUCCCAUUGCGCCCCUUCCGAGGACCGAAUCCGGACCUCCGGCACCCACCGACGUCUACGACGCGCCGCAUGGAAAGCCUCCCUCCGUGGCCACAGCGUCCUCUCGGUCUUCGUCCGCCAGCUCCGCCUCUCGCAGCGUAAACAGCAGAGAGAGUUAUCUCAACAGCGUCGACGAGAUCAUGGCGAUAUUCGGUGGCGGUAAUACGGAUCUUGAUCUUCUUCCGCUUUGCGAGCUCUGGUUGGACAUGGCCGCGCAGCUCAAAGAGAAAGACAUCCCGAGCCCGACCGGGUUUUUCGAGGAACGUGACGAGAUCGUCAAGAUUAUCCAGGAUGCUCGCGUCCGCGCGUAUGCAGCGGCGAGUGCUAAUGUGCCAUCUCCCGCUCCCGCACCACGUACAGGCGGGGAACGGCGUCGCCAUCCCGCACGGGUACUAGGUAUCCGGCCACGCAAGAUGUGGCGGAAGAUGCACGUCGGGGUAAAGUCCUUCAUCCCCGUCGUAGCGUCCCGCCUGCAACUUCCAUACCUUCCCGUCUGGCCUUGAAGAUACCGGAAAGAGUUUAAGUAACGCUAUGCGUAUACUGUGCUCGAUUUCAGCUUGUGGUAGAGCCCCUUCUCCAGGCUCCCGUUCGUUAUUCCGUUUUACUACCCUUGACACAUAUCAAGAUCAUGACUUGAAUUG